ACUUUAAACAGAGGUGGAGGGACAGGUGACGCAGGCUUCAGUAAACUGUCUUCUUCCUGAACAGAAACGCAGCAGUCUCAGACAUGGCUAAAUUCCUCACACAAGCUCAGAUCAAUGAGUACAAAGAGUGCUUCUCAUUGUAUGACAAGAAUCAAAAUGGCAAGAUAAAUAACAAAGACCUGAUCACAGUUAUGCGCUGCCUGGGUACAAGCCCCACACCUGGUGAAAUCAGGAGACAUCUACAAGUCCACAAAAUUGAAAAGUCUGCUGAGGUGGACUUCUCUACGUUCCUGUCAAUAAUGCACAGACAGAUACAACAGGAGGAUCCCAAAGUGGAAAUCCUGGAGGCCUUGAAGAUGACGGACAAGCAGAAGAAGGGGUACAUCGAGGCAUCCGAACUGCGGGCCAAGCUCACCAUGUUAGGAGAGAAACUCACAAACAAAGAAGUGGAUGACCUCUUCAGAGAGGCACACAUCAAGUCAAAUGGGAUCGUCAAAUACGAAGAGUUCACAGCGAUGCUGACGCUGCCACCUGUUGAUUACUGAUUUUUUUUAAAAAGAAAACAACUACGUCACACUUCAGGACAACAAGCUACGUUGGAAAACUGACUCUGAAUAUCAAGAACGUGACAUCAUUUUGCACAUGAAGUUCGGUUGUAUUAAAUUUGCGUGUUGGUACAGCAAAGGUUUUUCACAAUGAUUAUUUCUUGAAUAUUUUAUGAUUAAUACACAAUACAAUACUUUAAUUUCUUUCCAUAACUCUCCUCUGUAACUGAACACUACACAGUACAUGUUAGCAUGUGACCCUGGUGUAAAGCCAUUAAAUCCUCAGCGCCAUAGCGGACCACGUUUCACCCAAUUAAAUCCUAGCCCUUGGGUGUUAAUAUUUACUACUGAGUAUGUACCAAUCUCAUCUUUUAUGAGAGUUUCAAGUGUUCACACAUCGUUGUUCAACAAGCUUGUAUGUAAAAGUUGUGGAGUUUGAAAGAAAAUAAAUUCUAAUUCCUGCUGGUAUUUAAAAACCCUGACAGUUCCAAUUUCUCUGUCAUCUCAAAUCUCGCAUGCAUAAAUAACCGUCUCACAUUUGACAUUUAUUAAAACUCUAUUUAAAUAAG